GCUCCUCCCCGGCAGCGCCACGUCCGCUGCGGCGCGGGGCGGGGCCGGAUGGCGGAGGCCGCCAUUUAGAGGGGAGGAGGGCGGGAGGCAGGCAGGCAGGCACGGAGGGAGGGUGGGUGGGUGGAAGGCGCUGCGCCGCAGGCAGCUGCCACCAUGGGCAGCGUGAGGCGGCUCCUGCUGCUGCUGCUCCUCCUCGUCCUGCCCGCCGCCAUGCCGCCCGCCGGCGGCCGCACAGGUUCAGGUUUAUUAGUUGCAGCUCAAGAUGCUACAGAAGAUGAGGAAGCUGUGGAAGAUACUGUAGUUGAAGAUGAAGAUGAUGAAGCUGAAGUUGAAGAAGAUGAGCCUACAGACUUGACAGAAGAAAAAGAGGAAGAAGACUUGUCAGGAGAACCUAAAGCCUCACCUAGUGCUGAUACAACCAUAUUAUUUGUGAAAGGUGAAGAUUUUCCAGCAAACAACAUUGUAAAAUUCUUGGUAGGCUUCACCAAUAAAGGUACAGAAGACUUCAUUGUCGAGUCUCUUGAUGCUUCUUUCCGGUAUCCUCAAGACUACCAGUUCUAUAUCCAGAACUUCACAGCUCUCCCUCUGAAUACGGUAGUUCCACCACAGAGACAAGCCACGUUUGAGUACUCUUUCAUCCCUGCUGAGCCUAUGGGUGGUCGUCCUUUUGGACUAGUUAUCAAUCUCAACUACAGAGAUGUAAACGGCAACGUGUUUCAAGAUGCUGUCUUCAAUCAGACAGUUACAAUUAUUGAAAAAGAAGAUGGACUGGAUGGAGAAACGAUCUUCAUGUACAUGUUCCUUGCUGGACUUGGUCUACUUGUUAUCGUUGGCCUACAUCAGUUACUAGAAUCUAGGAAGAGGAAAAGACCAGUACAGAAAGUAGAGAUGGGAACAUCAAAUCAGAAUGAUGUUGAUAUGAGCUGGAUUCCCCAAGAAACUUUAAAUCAAAUAAAUAAAGCUUCACCAAGGAGGUUGCCCCGCAAGAGGGCACAAAAGAGAUCAGUGGGCUCUGAUGAGUAAAUGUUAACUAGUACAACAGUUGAACGUUUACUAAUCCUGCUUGUUCGGGAUUUUUGGAUUGGAGUAAUGCAAAGAAUCCAUAUCACCAUAAGGAAAAUACUGCUAAACAUUUGGACUGAACAGAUUAACUGAAUGGUGUUAAUAUUACUGAAAAUGCACUUCUCUUUUUUGUCAAAUAAUUGUUGGGGUGGGUGGGGGAAGCCAUUAAGAUUUGUGCCUGUGUGUGUAAGCAGUUGGUCUUAACAGAAUCAUGUUACCUGAAAUGUGCCUUUAGAAUCCUUUUUAAUGCUGGUUUGUCAUCUGUAUACUUCAAAGGGUUUUUCCCCUCCCCCUAAUAUGAAUGUCUCAUGACUUAAUCUGUCUUGAUUGUAUCUUGUCUGUAUUGGAAUCUGUAUGCAUUUUUCUUCCCAGUAAGUAACUUUAUUCUCUGCAGUGCACAUACACUGAAGUUUAUGUGCACAGUCCUAUCUCAGCAGUGAGGCACUCAUCGUCUGGAUUUCUGCAUUUGUUUAGCAUUCUAAAGGCACAAUUGGGUAUAGCUGCUUGUAGUGGUAGAUAUCUUGCUGCUGUUUUGAUCUGGGCAUGCAGUGACCUAAAAACAAACUUAUCUGCAUAAAUGUUAAGAGGGCUCUUACACAGCAGCAGAACUUGUGAAGCAUGGAAUUUGUGUGCUGAAUUGGUAUUAGUACAUAAAUUUUUUUAUACCUGA